AUGCUUCGAUAUACUAUUGGCCGUUGUAGGCUCGUAUCGAAACAAUGGAACCACCUGACAUAUGAUUCAUGGUUCAUCAAUCAACUCUCUCAGAGAACCAAAACAUCACACGGGGUUUUCAUUCAAACCUCCAUCAGAACAAAACAAGUGUCCACUUUUGUUCAAACCGUGUAUAACAACAUCUCCGAUUCCAACCAGCUCUCCUUGAGUUUCCUGCCCGAGCCGGUUAAGAUUGAAGCUGCUCAUCAAGGUAUACUCUUGUGUGUGACCACCCGUAAACGUGUUCCACAGUACUACAUCUGCAAACCAACCACUAAGGAGUGGGAGCAGAUUCGCAAUCCGAAAACAAGGUAUAGGACGGUAAAAAUUGCCUUAACGGUGUUGAGAUCAAACCCAUUAAGGUACAAGAUCGUGCGGUUCUCAGAACCUAAGUCUCAAGUAUACAAGUACAAGCAAAACCUUAGGUGUGAGACAUAUGAUUCCAUGGCUCGAGCGUGGAAACAGUUGGACAACGUAGCUUUACCAAGUGACGCAUUCUUGUGCUGUAAACCAGCAGUAUCAGCAUGCGGUGCAGUCCAAUGGCUUUUGUCCAAUCACCGAUCAGUCGGAGUCUUUGCUUUUGAUGUAGAUAAAGAGAGUUGGGAAAUAUUUGCACCACCGUGCUCCGCGGUCGAAAAUCGCAAUAAGAAUCAGGUGGUGGAGUACCAAGGCCGCCUUGCAUGGAUUUGUGAAGGAGAAGACUUAAUGGAGCUAUGGGCCAUGCAAGACUACGUACAAGAACAAAGUAUGGAGUAA